AUGUUGGCCGCGCAACUAUUUGAGCGUGCGUCGUCUCGCCGAGGUGGUCCCGCCGACUUGGACUGCGUGCUGGGCAAGCUGUAUGCGCCCAGCGAGGAGCAGGCAGUUGCAGAUGCAGAACUGUCGCGGCUGCCAGCGCCGCUGCACCCACCACAGCCCAGUGACUUCGAGGGAUUGCUGCAGCGAGGUGAGGGCCUGUUCGACGUGCCCCUGACUAGCAAGGACGAGAUCGCGAUUUUAGGCAGCAGGGAAGGCCGCCUGGCGCUGGUGGCCUUCCUGCAGGGGAUUCCAGCGCGGGUGCUGGCAGUGGAGCGGGAUGUGGCGUUGCAAAGCCGGGCCUUGCUGGCCUUGAGGCGCUUGAGGGACUUCUUGAACAGCUUCGGCGGUGGCUACGCCGACCAGAAUGAGCAAUGUCGCGAUCUUGCUGCCAAAGGCGAGUGCGCUGGAAACUCUAAGUACAUGGCCGCCAAUUGCUCCCGAUCCUGCUACAACAGGACGACACAACCCACCAGCCUCCACUGGAAUGGCAUAGAGGUGCGGAUGGACGCUGCGAAUCUCUCCGAGGCGAAGCUGGUCAUCCUGGAGGAUGCGCCCCGCGGUCCCGAUCAACGGGACAUGGCGGCGUGGGGCCAACUCUCGGAGCUCGCCGUGGGCACUGCGGUGUGGAGCCCCCAGCCGCUGCCGUCCGCUGCCGGGUUGGCGCCGCUGCGGCGCAUUCCCGCGUGCCACGUGUACCUCCGGGUGCCCCGGGCACCAGAGGCGCUAAGCCCCAAGUGGCCCCUCACAGUGGAGGAGGCGUCCAGACUCUACCAGGCGGCGCAGGAAGAGCUCCAGCAGCUGGGCGCCUUGAAACUCUCCGGCGCGGUGCUCUCCGAGGGUCGCUUCUCCCAGGCGGCGGAGAAGCGCUACGGCGCCCGGGGCUCCGCGGGGGAGCGCCUGGCGCGGGCCUUCGGGGCGCCCAGCGCCAAGCUGGGCUCCGCGCCAGACUGGUGCCGCUGCCGGCCUCGCGCAGACACCUUCGAGGUCGGGGCGUUGAGUUUGCUCGGCAUGUUCUUGGUGGCGGUGCCGGGUGAGGACUGUGCGUUGCCGCCCUGCAGUGCCGCCGACCAGCUCUUGGCUCUAGCCACGGCCCAGCUCCGGCGGCAGCUCCUGGCGGGCAACGCGCAGAGCCCAGAUCUGCCGCCGCAGGUGCUGCGGGACUUGGGGUGCCUAAGGCUCUCGGACCAGCGCACGCUGCUGCACGCGGCCCUUACCCGCAAGGACCUGCAGCUGGCGCGGGCGGCGCUCCGCGCCCAGGGCGCCGGGGGCCUCUUCUGCCGCGACGGCGCCGGGCGCAGCGCCCUGCACUUCGCGGCGGCGCUGGAAGCGCCGGAGGCGCCGGCGGCGGCGGAGGCGGAGGAGGCAAACAACAGCGGAGCACUUCAAAGGCGAGUGACCGCCAGCGAGGCAACGGAGUGGGUGCUGCAGCAGAUGCGUGCCAAUGCGCCGGAGAUGCUGACUGCAGUGGACUUCUUCGGCAGGAGACGGCCCUCUUCACCGCCCGCAGCGGCGCGGCGCUCCGCGCGCUGCUGGCGGCGCCGGAGCUCAAGGCGAAGGCCGCCGCGCAGGACGCGGCCGGGCGCGGGCUGCUGUGGCACGCGGCGGCGCUGGGGCGCACCGACAUCGUCGAAGAGCUCCUGUGCACCAAACGCGAGAAAGGUAAGCCGGCAAAACCAAAGCUGGAUUGGCCGCCGGCGAGCGCCUGGAAGGAGUUUGCCAGCUCCCCGCUGGUGGCGGCAGCCCAGCAGCUGGCCAAGCCCCUGUGCGACAAGGCGCCCCAAGAGGCAGCGAAGACGCUGGAGCUGCUGAUGAGCUGCGGAGGUUUCAACCAGACGGGCCUCAACGGCAGCACCUUGGAGGUGGCGAAGCAGCUCUGCGCUCAACGAGGAGCGUGAGCAGCAAAAUCGCGGGGGC